AUGAGUCCUCAAGGCAUAAAUCGCAAAAGACCGGCCCCCGGCACCUCGCCCGCCGUGCACCCGCAAUUGGGCCCGAUCAAUUACCCUUCCAACUCCGGCUCGCAGCUCUCGAACGAUCAGUUUCUGCAAUGGGGUCAGAAUCCUGCCUCGAACGUCGUGAACCCCUCCUAUCCCGACACGAACCCCUACAACGCCGCCGCCUAUUCCUCAAACCAAGACGCCCCCGCCUCGACAGCGACUGCAUCUAAUCAACUCGCUCGAAGACAGCCCCAGCCUCAGCCUCCGAACCAGAACCAACAGCUAGUGAGCCGAAAUCGCGGUUAUGAACAAUCACCGACCUCGGUUCCGGAGUCGGGUAACAACACGGGAGAGUCUGGCGGAUGGGGAGAGAGCCUCGACGAGCUUUAUCAGCGGGCGUUGGUCGCGAAGAGAGAUGCGCAGGCGAAGCGAAAGCAGAUUCCUCCAUUCGUGCAGAAAUUGAGCAGUUUCCUCGACGAGUCCAAGAAUACCGACUUGAUUCGAUGGUCUGACGACGGGAAUUCCUUCAUCGUGAUGGACGAAGACGAGUUUGCCAAGACUUUGAUCCCUGAACUCUUCAAGCAUAACAACUACGCCUCCUUCGUUCGCCAACUGAACAUGUACGGAUUCCAUAAAAAGGUCGGGCUUUCGGACAACUCGAUGCGCGCCAGUGAGCGCAAAAAUAAGAGUCCUAGCGAAUACGCGAAUCCGUACUUUAAACGCGGGCAUCCCGAUCUGCUGUGGCUGAUUCAAAAGCCAAAAAAUGCCACGGGCCAGGGGCCGAAGUCUGGAAAGCAAACGGUACGGGUCAAGACGGAGGAGCCUGAUGACAAUGACAAUGAGGAUUACGAGGACGGCGCCGGGCUACCGCGAGACGACCGCGCGCGAAACCGGCAGCUGUCCUUAAUCACCGGGGGGGAACCGAUGCCAAAGGACCAAUUCGCCGGGGUGUAUCGAGAGUUGCAGGCCAUUCGCCAGCAACAGCAGGUGAUCUCCAACACGAUAAGUAAACUACGGAGAGAGCACGAGCAGCUCUACGCGCAGGCAGCCAACUUCCAAGAACAGCAUACGCGCCACGAGAACUCCAUCAAUGCCAUUCUCACCUUCUUGGCGACAGUCUACAACCGCAGUCUUCAAGGAGGGGAGGGACCGCAGAACAUCGCCAACUCUUUUGCCGGAGCCAUCUCCUCGCAAGACCAAGGUAAUGUGGUCGACAUGGGCGACAACUACGCGCUCAGCACGUUGGGCACGUCCAACAUGGGAAGCCCCGGCGGGCAACGAUCGAUGAAGAAACAGCCUUUACUCCUGAAAGCUCCUCCGGCGUCGGAAUCGCAAAGCCGCGCGUCCACUCUUUCGCCGUCCGUGGCUAGCUACGAUCGCCCCCAGCCGCGAGGUCAUAUGCGGCAACCGAGCGCGCAGCGUGGCCAUGUCGAGGAGGUCUUCGACAACAGUCCUCGCCAGGAGGAGGCGCAACCGCACCUGCCCCCGGCGCCGGCGGCGCAGAACCAGCAAUAUCCCCAGCGGGACAUCAUGUCCGUUAUCCAAAAUACCAACGCACGCAACGGGGUCCCGACGAAUUUCUCCGACUUUCCCAACGUGCUGUCCUCGCUUGAAAACUCCGGCGGCAACGUCCCCCUUACUCCCAACCAGCGCGCCGACAUGCUCCGGCUCAUGGCCAACGAAUCCAACACCGGCAACGCCAACGUGCCAGUGCCCCAUAAUAACGCUUUAAUGACACCCACCCCGCCUCCUAUGCCCCAUAACUACUCGAAUCGUCUUGCCAGCACUCGCGCGGAGAUUGACAACCUCGUCAAGAUGCAGGCGGAGCAGGAUCGGUCCGUUCAGAACCUCACAAACCUGCUCCAGCCGCUCAGUCCGACGGGGGCUAUCCCCGGGAUUGGGCCAGACGGCAGCGUCGCCCCUCCGCCAUUGGACCUGGACACGAUAUUCAGCAAUGACUACUUCACCGACGUGGCAGAACUGGAACACAACAAGAACAGCCUCGACUUUGGCAACGCGUCCACCUCAAUGCCCGCCCCCGUAGACCCUCCCACUACAACGGCCGCCGACGACAGCGUCAUCAAAGACGGUAGUGACUUGUUUGACUUUGAUCAUAUCCCCGGAGAUGGAGACCUCUUCGAGGGCCAAGCGCAGCCGCCACAGCAGCAAACACCCGCUUACUACAACGGGUUCGACAGCACCUACGGCGGCGGCGUUGCUCCCGACUCGCAUCUCGGCGUCGGCAACGACUCCGGCCGCAUCGUCGAGACCUUGACGGACAGCGAAGCUACCAGUCCCGCCAACACCAUCGACGAUGGGCAGUGGAACGGCGACGGAAAGGGCAAUCCUGGAAGCGCGAAGCGGCGUCGGAAGGCUUGA